UGGCCUCCUUUCUCACCUGAUUUAAGUCCAAUUGAGACGCUUUGGGACGAUAUGAAGGACUAUAUACAAGAGCAUUACCCUCAAGUCCAUAGCUCUUAUAAGAGGCUAAGGGCUGCAAUUCAGGAAGCUUGGGAAUCGAUUACGCACGAGAGAAUUAAAGAGCUUGUACAUAGUAUGAGAGCGCGAUGUAAAGCUGUGAUUGAUGCAGAUGGAUGGUAUACAAAAUAUUAA